AUGGCGCGCUCACACAUCGCUGUCGCCUUGGGCGCCGCACUCGUUGCUUCCUUGAUCAUUUCGCAGCUUGUUAUCAACUUAGGAUUCCCCAAAGUCGAGUUCUGGCACUGGAGACUUGACCAGAGCUACCAUGGCACACCACAGACUCAGUUCCUCGGCGAGAAACAGAGUGGCGAGCAGGCAGACGACCCGGCUUCAUAUAUUGUGGGGGUUGGAAAGGCAGAUAUCACGGGACCAGUGGUAGAGCUCAACCUCAUGGGCUAUGCGAACUCGUCCCAAAUCGGAACUGGACUUCGCCAACGCAUCUACUCGCGGGCCUUUAUUGUUGGAAACCCCAGCGACCCCAGUGAACGCAUCGUGUACAUGGUCCUGGACACCCAGUCUGGUGACUCGGCUAUCCGAAAUGGCAUCUUGGAAGGACUUCAGGCUAUGGGACCCGAGUACUCUGUAUACGGCAAGAACAACGUAGCCGUGACAGGCACGCAUAGUCACGCUGGGCCAGGCGCCUGGUUGAACUACUUGCUGCCACAAAUCACAAGCUUGGGCUUCGAUAAGCAGAGCUACCAAGCAAUCGUUGACGGCGCCCUGCUUUCCAUCAAGCGAGCACACGAGGGUCUGUCGCUUGGAACUCUCAGCGCCGGCAGCGGGAAGAUCUCCGAUACCAACAUCAACCGUAGUUUAUUUGCGUACAUGGCGAACCCGGAAAGCGAGAGAGCUCGAUACGGAGAUGAUGUAGACAAGACCAUGACUCUGCUCAAGUUCACAAGAGACAGUGACGGCAAGAGCCUCGGUGUGCUUAACUGGUUUCCAGUGCACGGCACCAGCUUGCUUGGUAACCAGACCCUGAUCGCAGGCGACAACAAGGGUGUGGCUGCGUACCUCUUUGAGCAAGAUGCUGCCGCGAUUGCGGAUGCUGCACCUGGCUUCGUAGCUGGGUUCUCUCAAGCCAACGUGGGAGACACGACACCGAAUGUCCUUGGCGCAUACUGCGAAGAUGGCUCGGGUACUCAGUGUAGGCUCAAUGACAGUACCUGUGGUGGCAAGAGUCAAGACUGCCACGGCCGAGGCCCGUAUUUCGCUCUCAACGAUGGGGGCGCGAAGUCUUGCUACGAGAUCGGCAAGCGCCAGUUCCAAGGCGCGAAAAGCAUCUAUGGCGACAGUGGCAGCUUCAAAUCCAUCUCUGGCAAGGUGCGCUCGUUCCACACUUGGGUUGACUUUGCCGACUUCACAUUCACACUCAAAAAUGGCACUACCGUACACACGUGCCCAGCGGCCAUGGGUAACUCCUUCGCAGCAGCCACAUCUGACGGCCCCGGUGCGUUUGACUUUGUUCAGAACGACCCAGGCGCCCCUAGCAAUCCGUUCUGGAACAUUGUUGGCAGCGCUAUUGCUCCUCCUAGCAAGAAGCAGAGGGACUGCCAGUACCCGAAGCCGGUGCUGCUGAACGUUGGAGAAGCCAACACACCGUAUCCAUGGUCACCAAACAUUGUCGACAUCCAAGUUCUCCGCGUUGGCCAGCUCGUCCGGGCCGGCGCUGGCGGGAGGCUGUUCACAACCCAAAUCGAGGCUUCGGGUAUUGCCAAAGAUCCAAUCGUAGUACUUGGUGGCCCAGCCAACAGCUACUCACACUACAUCGCCACAGAAGAAGAGUAUAGCGUCCAGCGUUACGAAGGUGCUUCGACGCUCCACGGACCACACACACUGAACGCUUACAUCAACUCUACUUUGACAUACCUACCAUACAUUGCUGAUGAUGUGUCUGGCACCAUACAACCAGGCCCAACACCACCCGACAACCGCGACAAGAGCAUCUCCCUCAUCACAGGCGUCGUGUACGACGGCGCAGGCAUCGGUCGUUCCUUCGGCCAAGUCACCAAAGACGUAGCACCAAACUACGCAGCCGGCGCCCUGGUGCAAGUCACUUUUGUCGGCGCAAACCCUCGCAACAACCUCCGUCUAGAAGGCACAUUCGCCGCCGUCGAGAAGCAGAAUGGGGACGGCACCUGGACGCAAGUGAAAAACGACGAGGACUGGGAACUCGUGUAUCAAUGGAAACGCGUGAGCGGGCUGCUGGGCACGAGCGAUGUGACAAUUACGUGGGAUACGGGACUGACGCAGCCCGCGGCUGGGAAGUAUAGGUUCAAGUACUAUGGCGAUUCAAAGGCUGGGGGACAAGAUUACUGCGUUUGA